AUGGAAUUGCAGCAACAGCACGGCUACACAGCGGCCGUAUCAAUGCAGACAUCAUCGUCCGCGCACGCGCACGCACACGCACACAUCGUGCACGCGAAGCAACAGCAACGCACGCUCCCGGUGAUGUCAUUCGGCAACAAACUGGUCACCGUUAAAGUGGAACGCGAAUCCGCCAACAAUCCAAUGAUCGGAACCGCGAACGCGACCGCCACCGCGCAAAAUCCGUCGAACAGCGGCGCUGCGACACCGAACGCAGCCACCGUUCCACCGCAAUGA